CUUGUGUAUAAUGAAUGUAUUCUUUCAGUGUGUCAGGUCUUGUUCUCGAGUUGGAUGAUAAAUCCAGUGUUGAAAAAUUGAUAAUUGUGAAAUUACUUCAUUUACUUAAUCCACACGAAUUUUACUUUUUGUGCAAAUUGUGUAAUAGUUAAAAAAAAAGCAUCACAUUAUAAUGACCGCUUUCGAAGAGUUCGGUGUAAUGCCGGAGAUCGGCAAAGCAAUCGACGAGAUGGAAUGGAUGUUGCCAACGGAUGUGCAGGCGGAAGCGAUUCCGCUCAUUCUCGGGGGCGGUGAUGUGUUGAUGGCAGCCGAAACGGGUAGCGGAAAAACAGGUGCUUUCUGUUUACCAAUCCUGCAGAUUGUCUGGGAAACGUUGCGAGACAUUAGAGAGGGCAAAGCGGGAAAGCCGAUGGGCCAUAAAGCGAAACCUUGGACCCUCUCAUUUACCGAUCGGGGUAACGCAAUGGCCAUUACCCCAGAAGGAAUGCGAUGUCAGUCACGGGAGUUCAAGGAGUGGCACGGUUGUCGCGCGACAACCGGCGUUCGCGGAAAAGGCAAAUACUAUUACGAGGCGACAGUGACCGACGAGGGUCUAUGUCGAGUCGGUUGGUCAACAGAGAUAGCCAAUCUGGAUCUUGGUACGGAUAAGUUUGGCUUCGGAUUCGGAGGAACCGGCAAGAAGUCGAAUUGUAAACAAUUCGAUUCCUACGGAGAAGCUUUCGGAAAAAUGGACGUUAUAGGAUGUUUGCUUAAUCUGGAUCAGGGGGAAAUCAGUUUCACGAAAAAUGGAGUCUCACUUGGUGUGGCUUUCAAAAUUACUGAUAAUAAUCUUCGAAAGGCUAGCUUCUUCCCAGCGGUCGUUCUUAAAAAUGCAGAAAUGUCCUUUAAUUUCGGCGAAACAGAAUUUAAGUAUGCAAUCCCAGAGGGUUUUGUGGCAGUGUGCAACGUUGCUCAUGAUCAGCUCACAGUGAACCCAAACACGGGAAGUGCGACCAGUGCCCAAGAUGCUAAACCGAAACCAAAUGCUCCGCAAGCUCUUGUGAUCGAACCCUCUCGUGAAUUAGCCGAACAAACAUUCAACCAAAUACAAAAAUUCAAAAAACACCUUAAAGAUCCGGAGGUAAGAGAGUUGCUACUUAUCGGUGGUGUAAAUAUCAAAGAUCAGAUGGAAGUCCUUCAGCAGGGUGUCGAUAUAAUCGUUGCCACUCCGGGAAGACUGGAAGAUCUCAUAAGUAACGGAUACGUUGUGCUCAACAGUUGCCGUUUCUUUGUUUUAGACGAAGCUGAUGGCUUGCUAAAACAAGGCUACACAGAAUUAAUAGAACGGCUGCACAAGCAAAUUCCCAAAAUCAAUGCCGAUGGCCAACGACUGCAGAUGGUUGUCUGUAGUGCAACACUGCAUUCAUUUGAAGUUAAGAAGCUAGCCGAAAGGCUAAUGCAUUUCCCAACAUGGGUCGAUCUAAAGGGAGAAGAUGCUGUCCCAGAAACCGUUCAUCAUGUCGUGUGCACUGUUGACCCACAGAAAGACACCAGCUGGCAAUCACUUCGGACCCACGUUCAAACCGAUGGGGUUCACGCUAAGGAUAAUGUACGACCAGGUUCCAAUACAGCGGAGACGCUCUCUGAAGCGGUCAAAAUGCUCAAAGGUGAAUACACAAUCCGGGCUAUAAAUGAGCACAACAUGGACCGGGCAAUUAUUUUUUGUCGUACGAAACUCGAUUGUGACAACAUGGAACGCUAUCUUCGGCAGGUUGGUGGACAAAAGUUUUCCUGCGUUUGUCUUCAUGGUGAUCGAAAGCCGCAAGAACGGAAAGCCAACUUGGAGAAAUUUAAAAACAAAGCGGUUAAAUUUCUAAUCUGCACCGAUGUUGCGGCACGAGGUUUGGAUGUGAGCGGCCUUCCGUUCAUCAUCAACGUUACUUUACCGGACGAGAAAAGCAACUAUGUUCACCGAAUCGGACGCGUAGGACGUGCAGAAAGAAUGGGUCUAGCGAUUUCUUUGGUAUCUACGGUUCCGGAAAAAGUCUGGUAUCACGGUCAGUGGUGUUCGUCACGUGGUAAAAACUGCUGGAACACCAACCUGACCGAUGUGCAGGGAUGUUGCAUGUGGUACGAUGAAAAAAUGUAUCUAGCCGAAAUCGAGGACCAUCUGAAUGUAACCAUCCAACAAAUCGACAAAAACCUGAAAGUACCAAUGAACGAAUUCGAUGGCAAAGUUACAUAUGGUGAGAAACGGCUCAACACUGGUAGCGGUUACAAAGAUCACGUGGAGCAGUUGACACCUGUUGUUAAAGAAUUGGCCAAACUAGAACGGGAAGCGCAAAAUUUGUUCCUAAAGCGAGCCAUGAUGGUACAGUAAAAAACGUAAAAUACUUAAUAACUGUAUAUCUUAUCUUGAAAACAUACAUAAAUAAUUGAACACUCCGAUAAAUAAAUUCAAUAAAGUCUAA